AAUUAAUUUUAAAUGGAAUGCCUAUGGAAAGCAGUAAUUUGGAUUUCAUUUAUGGUUUUACUUGGUUGUUUCACUGUUGCUGCAACAGUUCCUCAACAAUAUAUUGACAAAAAUAUUCAAAAUCAACUUUUUAUUACUUCAAUAAUACUUGGAUUUAUUCAUUUGAGUUUUGAAACUCGUCAAUUUAUUUAUUCACCUAAAAAAUGGAUUCGUGAUUUUUGGAAUAUAUUUGACUUAAUUGCAUAUUUACUUCCAAUAAUCACUUCUAUUAAAUGCCUUCAAACAAAUGAUAUGAAUGAUCAUAUAAUUCAAUUGCUUUCUUUUUCAUGUCUAUUUUUAGAUAUAAAAUUU